GCGAUAUCUCAGAAUGAGGUCUGGCCUUAAAAAUAUUUUAUUAUUUUUGCAGAACGGGACAAAAUACAAGCUUUUAAUGCAUGGACAUGAAGAAAUUCCUUCAACUACUUCAACAACAAAAAUAACAACAACGACUAAAACAACGGCUGGGACUACGACAACAACAAAAACAACAGAAAAUCAAAUGGAAACAACAACUAGAGGGGAACCUUCUUCUCCUUCUCUGCCUUCUAAUAACAAAACAUUUAUUAUUGUCAUUGUAGUCAGCAUUGUGAUAUUCAUUGUUACUUUUAUCGUCCUUCUCCUCUGUCUAUCUCUAUGUUGCAAGAAGAGCGAAAAGAAUCAAACAGUUAAAAUGGCAACCGCUCGAAGUACAGACUCGUAUAUGAUUGCCGAUCGAGGCAAACCAAAACUUGAGGCUUCUCCGACUUAUGAUGAUACACCAACACAAGUUACAUAUGCUACAGACCUUCAAGUAAAGAAAUAUGUUUCGAGCACAAAUAUUGGUGAGGGGACGACUGUUGUAGGCAAACAAACUGUUAACGAUACAAUGGAUGAUAAAAGGAUGUCAACCAAAGUUGAAGAAAGAUCCAAGGGGGAAAGUACUUUUGAAUAA